CUCAUCCCAAUACACAAAAACCAACAGAGAAGAAUAUCAAGUGAUUGAUUCUUCAAUAACAAUAAGCGGGGGAAAAAAAAAGAGAUGGCGUCAAAAACCACAAGCUCUUUGGCAAUCUUUCUCCUUCUGAACCUCCUCUUCUUCACACUAACCUCUGCUUGCAACAGCUGCAGCCCCUGCGGCAGUGGUUGCCCCUCUCCCAAGCCGAAGCCGAAGCCGAAGCCAAAGCCUAGCCCUAGCCCUAGCCCCGCUCAGGCCAAGUGCCCUAAGGACGCCUUGAAGCUCGGUGUCUGUGCCAACGUGCUCAAUGGUCUCCUAAACGUGACCCUUGGUCAACCUCCGGUCGAACCCUGUUGCACCCUUAUCCAAGGACUUGCUGACGUUGAAGCUGCCGCCUGUCUCUGCACCGCCCUUAAGGCUAACAUCCUCGGAAUAAACUUGAACCUCCCCAUUUCACUGAGCUUGCUUCUCAACGUUUGCAGCAAGAAGGUUCCCCCGGGUUUCCAAUGCGAAUAAGGACACACACAGAGUUGGCGUUAUACAUGUGUGUGCUCUUGUUCAGGUAGAAAGAGAAUCGGGGUGUUAUAUUCUACAUGGUGUCCUAUUCACUUUCUUUAUUUGUUUCUUCUCUUUUCAUAUCUUCCAGUUAUGUUGUCUGAACACGUUUAUUCUCUGUCUAGUUAUGUGUGCUGCCCGUUCGUUUCGAUUCUAUAGUUCACAGUUUCUUUAUUUCAUUUUAAUAUCAUUGGGGUAUUGUUGUAAUAUUGGUUGUUCUAUGAAGUAAUAAAUCAUUUGUUUUCUUUGGGA